GUUCUGCUCGGAGCUCGAGCUAAAAGUCGUGCGGAGCCGGGUUCACCCUGAAACACCAGCUGAAAACAGGGAACCAGAGUGGAGUUCAUCCGAUCCAGGAUUUUAAACAGAAACGAGGAGCUGAGUGCGCUUUUGGCGCUGGCCGUCUCUCGUCCGAACGGUUGGCCAAAGAGGCUGAUUUGAAUAGAAGGCCUCUGCUGGAAGACGCCUCGGCGGCUGAAUAGCUGGAGCUCGGCUCUUGAGUUGGGCUCGGCUCACUGUUUAGCCUUUUGCAUAUCCAAGCAGCCUUUCUUUUUGCUGCGAAACAAAUUCGACCUUGGAAAGAUUCAGUUAUGGAGAAGUGGGACAGCAGUGCAAGCGCCUCUGCUUUCCACGUGCCAGAAUGGAUGAUCCAGUUUGCUGACCAAAAGCAAGAAUUUAACAAGCGCCCAACCAAGAUCGGUCGCCGUUCACUUUCCCGUUCCAUCUCGCAGUCAUCAACAGAUAGCUACAGCUCAGCUGCCUCCUACACUGACAGCUCUGAUGAUGAGACAUCCCCCCGAGACAAGCAGCAGAAGAACUCCAAAGGCAGCAGUGAUUUCUGUGUGAAAAACAUAAAGCAGGCAGAAUUUGGGCGCCGAGAGAUUGAAAUUGCUGAACAAGAAAUGCCUGCACUUAUGGCUUUAAGGAAGAGAGCUCAGGGAGAGAAGCCACUGGCUGGGGCCAAGAUCGUGGGCUGCACACACAUUACAGCACAGACAGCGGUACUAAUGGAGACUCUGGGUGCAUUGGGUGCGCAGUGCCGAUGGGCUGCUUGCAACAUCUAUUCCACUCUUAAUGAAGUGGCUGCUGCCCUGGCUGAGAGUGGGUUCCCGGUCUUUGCCUGGAAGGGAGAGUCCGAAGAUGACUUCUGGUGGUGUAUUGAUCGCUGUGUCAACGUUGAGGGAUGGCAACCCAACAUGAUCUUGGAUGAUGGAGGAGAUCUCACUCACUGGAUUUACAAGAAAUACCCCAACAUGUUUAAGAAGAUCAAGGGGAUAGUAGAGGAGAGUGUGACUGGUGUCCACAGGCUGUACCAGUUGUCUAAAGCUGGGAAGCUCUGUGUCCCAGCCAUGAAUGUCAAUGACUCAGUCACAAAGCAGAAGUUUGACAACCUGUACUGCUGCAGAGAAUCCAUCCUGGAUGGCCUUAAAAGGACAACAGACAUGAUGUUUGGAGGAAAGCAAGUAGUGGUUUGUGGCUAUGGAGAGGUUGGAAAGGGCUGCUGUGCUGCUUUGAAGGCCAUGGGCUCCAUAGUGUACGUGACAGAGAUCGAUCCGAUCUGUGCCCUGCAGGCCUGCAUGGAUGGAUUCCGGCUUGUGAAACUCAAUGAAGUCAUCAGACAAGUUGACAUUGUCAUCACCUGCACAGGCAACAAGAAUGUGGUGACCAGGGAACAUCUGGACCGAAUGAAGAACAGCUGCAUCGUGUGUAACAUGGGGCAUUCCAACACCGAGAUCGACGUGGCAAGCUUGCGUACACCUGAGCUGACUUGGGAGAGGGUGAGAUCUCAGGUAGACCAUGUCAUCUGGCCAGAUGGGAAGAGAAUAGUCCUGCUGGCUGAGGGCCGCUUGCUGAACCUGAGUUGUUCCACCGUCCCCACCUUUGUAUUGUCCAUCACUGCAACCACUCAGGCUCUGGCUUUGAUAGAGCUGUACAAUGCUCCAGAAGGCCGCUACAAGCAAGAUGUGUAUUUGCUGCCUAAGAAAAUGGAUGAGUACGUGGCGAGUCUUCACCUCCCAACGUUUGAUGCGCACCUGACAGAACUAACAGACGAGCAAGCAAAGUACCUGGGACUGAAUAAGAACGGGCCUUUCAAACCAAACUACUACAGGUAUUAAAUUCCUGCCGCUGUAGCCAGCAGAAGCGUAAGGAACAAGAAUCCAAGUCUUUUCUCAACUACUGUACAGGACGAAACAGCGCAAGCUUCCUAAUUUAGAGCUGGACUUGCUCACGUAGUAGACAGUGUGUUAGGUUAUUUAUUUAUUAAACUAGAAUACUGUACACGCGGCCUCUGCCACUGGUGUUUGUACUGCCACGGGACUGGGAAACGGUUGAUUUAUUUCUGCUUUUCUUUUUCUUUUUUUUUCAUUUUCUCUUUUGGUUGUUCGUUUGCAGGGGCUGGGAGGAUGGGGAGCAAGUGAUGUGGGGAAAGGAAGAAGCUGGUUGGAUUAAUUUGCUGCAAAGUAUUUGUCGGCUUCAAGUAAUCCGGUGUCGCUGCUGGUCCCGACGACGCGCACGGGCGGAGGGGGGAUGCAGGAGGCGAGACUCGAGAUCCGAUGCCCAGGUCGCACGUUACUUUUGCUUUCCUUUGUAUCUGACCGUUUCUUCCAUUGGAGCAGGAGCCGCGGCAGUCACGACAACUGCAGUCGGUUUGCAGGGCAGGAGGGCCUCUGCGCUUUGAUAUUUUC